ACGCAGCCCCGCCAGCUCCCCGCCCCGCCGCCUCGGCUCGGGGGCGCGCGGCUCGGCGAACAAAAGGCGGACGCGGCGGGAGCAGCGGGGAGGGACGCGAGCGGGGAGCGAGGGAGGGAUCCGCGAGGCAACAGCGACCCCCUCGAGGGUCAGGCGGGCCCGGGCAGCCGCGGCCUCGGCUCGCUCCCGCCGCUCCGGGCCGCCGGCCGCUCCUCUGCGGGCUGGGGGAUCACACCCGGCCGAGGAGCCUGGAAGCCCGGCGUCGCCGUAGGGGCCUCGUGGACGACAGGAGAGACUAUUCCCUGGCAGAGGCCCCGCGGACCUCAAAGGGCCGGAGCCAGCAUCCAUGCACACCCAGCACCGCGCCGCGCGCCCCUUGUGGGUGCUGAGCCUGCGCGAACUCCGCCCCCUUUAACUGGGCAUGACAAACGACCCCAUCCUAUAGAACCUUAAACUGAACACGACCUGGCACGCGGUCGGUUCUUGGUCUGAGAAGGAAGCAGGAUGGAUCCUACAGAGUAUGCUGGACUCCUUUUGCCUCGUCUAUCUGUCCGCUGCCAUUGGAACCGUGGCGUUCCGCGUGCAUCUUGGAUCUUGCACACCCUAGUUGCCUAUGAACCCGGGCAUAGUCUUGUCUCCCCGACCCCAAUUUCAUGGUCUUUGCGAUUAACUUCAGGCUGUGCCUUGAGGAUGCCAGACCGUUAGGUGCUUAGGGGGCAGGUUCUAGGCCGGUUAGGGGCUGGCAUGGGACUGUGACCCUGAAUACCAACAGGGUCAGAUUGACUCCACCACAGACUCCAAGGCCCCAGUAUUGGUGGGCAUGGUUUCUUUCCUCUUGAGCUAUUCAGGCUAUCAGAGUUAAUUUCUCAGAAUCCCUUACACCUUCCUCACCUCUGCCCUCUCCACACUGUGCCUAAACCAUAGUAAGUUCUUUGGCCCUGGGAAGGCACUCAUCAGCAUGGUAGCUGCCCAGUCUCUUGCCACCCAGAAGGUAGCUCGUACACACACACACACACACACACACACACACACACACUAUGCAGCCUCUUUUUCUUCCUUUAGACCCUUCUCGGUCUUUCUCUCCCCUUCUCUUUUCCCCCUUCUUUUCCAUGGGUUCCUCGUCCUCCUCUUCUUCCCUCAUCUUUACUUUGGCUCCUCCCCUUUCUCCUAACCUGACCUACAUCAUGGCCAACUAGUUCAAGGUCUACUCCUUUUUCUUUUAUUGACCCACCAUCCACCUCGAAGUACAAGCAGGUCUGCCUAGCACCUGGGAACCCUGAGGACCCUGGGGAGUCCUCCUACACCCAAGCCGCGGAGUCCAGUCCUAGCCUGCUCUAAUGGGUCCAUUACAAGUUCAUUAUCGUGAUUGUCCCUGCUCUUAAGGGGCUCAUUGAAGUGAUACAGAGAGAAUGUGCAGUUCUUGAAACUUGUUGCUUCCUAUAGAACAUGGGUUUUUGCAGUGUGAGGGCAUAUGCAUGAGACCAUCCUCAGCUGGGUAGGCACUAAUGCAGACCAUGCUCCAUAUUUCAACAAAGAAUCUUAGAAUUCUCCCCCCACACCUCUCUCUCAAGAUGGUGUCUCAUUUUAUUGCCAGGCUGGCCUUGAAUUCAUGGGCUUAAGCUUUCCAAACAGCUGGGAGUACAAAAGUCUGUCAACUCUUGUCUCAGAAGGAUUAAGGAACUUUUUUUUGGCUUUUCGAGACAGGGUUUCUCUGUGUAGCCCUGGCUGUCCUGAAACUCACUCUGUAGUCCAGACUGGCCUCGAACUCAGAAAUCCACCUGCCUCUGCCUCCCGAGUGCUGGGAUUAAAGGCUUGCGCCACCACCGCCCAGCAGGAUUAAGGAAUUUAUGUCUGGUUGCAUUCUCCAAAAAGAAGCACAUGAUAUAUAUUCCAAUUGUUGUUGUAGUAGUAGUAGUAGUAGUAGUAGUAGUAGUAGUAGUAGUAGUAGUAGUAAUGUGUGCAUGUCACACAUGCAUACACACACACACAAGUGCACACAUGCCACAGUGCACAUAAAAGGUCAGAGGACAACUUUUAGGAGUUGCUGUCACCCAUCGGAUCGCUAGCUCUUCUCAUAGCCAUCCUGGCACUGCCAACAGCCUCAGGGUCUGCUUCCUGCCCUCCAGCCUGGGCAGAAGACCUCUGUGGCAUGGCAUGGCAUGGCAUCUGGCAAGCCCUCACUCACAAGCUUUCUCUGUUGCUCCCUCUCUCCAUCCGUGGAAUCCGGUCACCACAUGAAAAGUACGGUUAGGUCUCAUGGGGUGGUCCCGUAAAGUCCGUCCAGCCAACUCUAGCUCUAGUCCCCACUGGCUACCGGACCUUACAGAAGCUUCCCUGACAGCCUGGAGCCACCACCAGUGAGGAGUAGAGAAGUGAAUUCUCUCACCAGCCCUGCCACCUAAACUGUAGAACAACUCUCUGAAGGCACCAGGGUUUGCCUGCCCCAAUUUUUUUUUUUUUCACACAGUAGUGGGUUACUGGAAUGCACAGCCAAAGUCAGACAUCCGGUCAAGGAGGAAGCCUUCGAUGGUGGCUUUAGUGGCGGGGAUGGUGACCCAAAUGGAAGACCAGCUUCUGCUUUCCCAUCAAGCUACCAAACUGACCAACAGGAUGGAAACCAAGUAGAAACUAACUCACUAAAGUGAAGAUUGUUUUCAUCAUACAAAUCAUGAAAGAAAUAAGCCACUGGCUGGUAAAUGGAACCCAUGUGAACGGGGUUAUUGGGGAACCCUCUCGAGGAAGUGACCUGUAUGCUGAGUUAGCCAAAGGGCCUGGGAAGAGAAUCUGGGGCAGACUGAAGAGCAAGGGCAAUGUCCCUGGAGGAGGAGAGAGUGUGACAGAUGUUCAGGGAGGGGUGAUUAGUGUGGCUGGAAACCCCUGGGAGAUAAAGGAACGGAAAGCACGGAUUGGAUUGUUCCCAGUGCAGUGACAAACACUGGAACCUCUAAGCAGGGAGUCACAGCAUCUAAUUUACAUCCGGAAGUAGAUCUCUCUCGGCUGACAAGAACAGCUUAGGGGUUGAGGAACAUGACUGUGGGGGCUAAGCGGGCUCUGAUGCAUCUAGAAGCCAUAGAAAAAGGAUACAUUCUGCUUUAAAGAGCCAGACACUGUUGGCCGGAAGCGAGGACUCGAGUGAGUGAUGUCAAGUUCAUCUCCUGUCACCUGCUUUAGAGACAGAGCAGUGACAGAACAGCCACUGUUUGCUUCAGCAGGAAGGACAGGCUUGGAGGUAUGGAAGGGUAAGAGAGCCUCAGUUCAUAGAGGACUGGGUCAGUUUGAAGCAUCCGUGGAGAUGUCCAAAGAGAGACCCAGAGGGAGGAUGUCAGGCAGGUGCCAUAACUACCUGAGUUCAGAGGAUAGCAGGAUGGCCCAGUAAGCACAGGUAUGUCCCCUUCUGGUCAUUUUCUCUUGGUUAUUUUCAACUUGUGUUGCUGAAAUCAUACAGAAUUGUAGAUUCCGUGCUUAGUAGAGCAGAGGAAACACUCCCCACACAUUCCUAAACCCUUUGCAAAAAGCCUCCAUUUUCAUACUUGAAAGUAAUCCUUGGUGUGAGUAUUUCACCGGCACUCACCUUUCCCCUCCAGUAGAUACAUUGUUUCCUGACCGCUAGGUAGAGUGGAUACAUCGUUUCCUGACUGUGCUAGACACAGUGGAUACAUUGUUUCCUGACUGCGCUAGGCUAAGUCGCAUUGAUGUCAACCUCUAGAAACGAAGGAGAGAUGGCUCAGCAGUUAAGAGCAUGUGUUCCUUAUGGAGAGGACCCAGGUUCAGUUCUCUAUACCCACUUGGUGACUCACAACCAACCAUCUGUAACUCUAGUUCCAAGGGAUCUGAUACCUCUUCUGAUCUGCUGGGCAUCAGGAACACCUGUGGUAUAGGUAGAGACAAGCAUGCAAAAUGCUCAUACACAUAGGAUAACCCCCUACCCCCAAAUCUGAGGCAACACAGUGAAUGCUAGGUCACCCAUGAGGAUAUAGAGAAACCCUCUCUCAAGAAAUUAAACACCAGGGAUAUAGCUCAAUUGUAGGAUGCUUGCUUAGCGUGCUAAGGUCCUGGGUUCCAUUCUUAGCACCAUACACAACAAAAGUCAUUCCUGGGGUGACGGUGGCCUUCUGAAGGGGACCAUGAACAGUCUGGUGGCAGAGAAAGGUGAAGAGAGCUGCAUGGCAGAGGAGGGCUGCUAGGCCCCUGGCCCCUGGAUUCCAACGGUGGCAUCUCUGAAGGGGCUGUCACCUGACAAGGGGGUGUUCCUGUCAAAUCACAUACCAAAUCUUCAGGACAUGAGGACACAGAACAGGACAGCGAGGCAAACCUCACUGGUCUCUCAGAGUGCUUGGUGGUCAGUUAUUAAAUGUAGGGGAAGGGGGCUGGAGAGAUGGCUCAGUGGUUAAGAGCACUGACUGCUCUUCUGGAGGUCCUAAGUUCAAAUCCCAGCAACCACAUGGUGGCUUACAACCAUCUGUAAGAAGACCUGAUUCCCUCUUCUGGUGUCUGAGGACAGCUACAGUGUACUUACAUAUAAUAAAUAAAAUAAAUCUUUAAAAAAAAUGUUGGGGAAGGGCCUGCAAGAGGUAGUGGGUAAGCCAGGUGUAGUAGUGCAUGCCUUUAACCAUCCCAGCAGUAGGGAAACAGAGGCAGGAGGAUCUCUGGGAGUUUUGAGACUAGCCUGGUCUACAUAGCUAGUUCCAGGCCAGCCAAGCUACAUAGUGAAACCCUUUCUCAAAAAAAUUUUAAAAGCAGGGCUGGAGAGAUGUCUCAGGAGUUGAGGGCUCUGACUGUUCUUCCAGAGGACCCAGGUUCAAAUCCCAGCACCCACAUGGCAGCUCACAACUGUCCGUAACUCCAUGCUCUGAUGCCAUCACACAGACACGCAUGCAGGCAAAACACCCAUGCACAUAAAAUGGAAAUAAGUAAAUUAUUAAAAACAAUUUUUUUAAAAAAUGAAAGAAAGAUAUGGGGGUGGGGGAGGAGGAAGCACCAGGCCUGUGACCCUGAGCUGUUUACAGCUCAAACACCCAUUGCAACAACCAUGUUUGAGGUGACAACAGGACCCUUCAUUUUCCUGUUUUCCCUAUAAUACAAGCCCUUAGGCACGCCAUACUUCCUAGAGGGAACAUUCCCCAGGUCACCUGGCCUUGAGGACCCAGUCAUUUGAUGGCCAUCAGGGCAGUCUUCUAGCUGUGUGGAGACAGACUGAGCCAUCAUGUGGGUUCAUCUUCCCAGUGUGUUUUUCAGGGACUCCUGGCCCUGUGGAGCCAUUAGCCCCCUCCAUGUCUGAGUCCUGUGAUUAAAAUAUGUGUGUGUAUAGCAGCCCUCACAGUCCUACUUCGAACCACAGAAAGAGAAGUAACCCCACUGACAGUGUGCCCACCAUGUGCCAGACAUUGGGCUUCCUGUGAGAGACCCUGCCAAAUAUACCCAGGCCAAUGAAGAAAGUCCUUAUCCCACCUGGGGUCAGGGGCAUAGGUUCUAACCUUAAGUGAGAGGACUGACCCCCACUGUGGGCAUCAGUAAACAAGUGGUACUUACUUAGGCACCAGAGAGAAGCACAUUGGCGGCUCAGAGCCUGGUAUCUCUCCCAUCUUUCCGUUGACGGCAACAGAGCUAAAGACCUGGGUGGGGGGGGGGGGGUGCAGCAGAGUCUUUUUCCUGUGUUUGUGGGAUUUGAGUUUCUGAUGUAGCAUAGAUAAUCAUUGGUGCCUUCCCAGUUGGAACUGGCCUGGCAUGGGGCCAGGGCUGCCGCCUCAGGGCAGGUAUAAGAGGCAGGGAGAAGGGCUGGAGCCAGAGUGGGGCAGAGACAGCAGUCACACACAGAGGACAAGAAUUGGAACCCACAUCACUGUGUCUAGACAGCCAGGUGGACAGGCCAUUCUACGUGUGGCCUUCUCUUUGGGGGCUCAUAGAGACCAUCCAUGGAUGAGCCGCAAAAGGGUCAUCAGAGAUUGUCGGGGUAUCCUACAAGAGAAUCAAUGUUCCCAGGCCAGACUUCUGGAAAAGGCACUGAAGUGGCCAGAAUUCACAGCUGGAAUUCACUGUGUACGGCUAACAUGUGCUAGAUGCUAACUGCACAUGCGGCCUUGAAUGCCGAAUUGCUCACAGACCCACCCCGUGGCCACUUGGCCUGGGGAUCACAGCAUUUCCUUGGCCAGGCCCAAGGACUCUACCCUGUCCUGAGCUGUGACAGAAUGAAAGGCUGGCAAUGGCGGUACACUCAGCUGCCCACAGAGAUGGAGGACACACUGUCUGGGGAGGAGGGUGAGGAGGAGGAAGAGGAGGAGCCAGCCCCAGCCCCAGCCCCCCAGGACCCUGUGGAGCCUCAGCUUACAGAAGCUAGCCAAGUCCUAGGUGCCUCGGAGAUUAAGCAGCUCCAGCUCCAUCUCCAGCUCAGCCUCCAUCUGCCCCCAAGAGUCACUGGCCACCCCUGGAGUCUGGUCUUCUGCACAUCAAGGGAUGGCUUCAGUCUGCGGAGACUAUACCGACAGAUGGAGGGUCACAGUGGGCCAGUACUGCUGCUGCUGAGAGAUCAGGAUGGACAGAUGUUUGGCGCCUUCUCCUCCUCAGCUAUCCGACUCAGCAAAGGCUUCUACGGUACUGGAGAGACAUUCCUCUUCUCCUUCUCCCCACAGCUAAAGGUCUUUAAGUGGACAGGGCACAACUCUUUUUUUGUGAAAGGAGACCUGGACUCACUGAUGAUGGGCAGUGGAAGUGGCCAGUUUGGGCUGUGGCUGGACGGAGACCUGUACCAUGGCGGAAGCUACCCCUGUGCGACCUUCAACAAUGAAGUGCUGGCCCGCAGGGAGCAGUUCUGCAUCAAGGAGCUGGAGGCCUGGGUUCUGAGCUGACGCCUCCCGGGCCUCCUCACACAGGGCAGCCAUUCUGCCCAACUCAGGAUGGGGAAGAACCCUCAUGUGGACUGUGGCUCUCAGCCAGCCUCCUUAUGGCUUGAAAACCCAAGAACAGGGGCAGCCACUGCUCUUCAGCAGAGCUGAUUAUAAGGUGUGAAAGACAUUGACUGAAGAAGCAUACAAUUUGUCUUUAUGGGAUUUGACAAUCCCUAGAAGAUCAAAAAACAAAACAAACAAAGCAAAAAUCCUACCCCUCCCCCAUAACAUAUUCAUAUUAAGUCAAGUCGGGUGUAUGCACGGUGUGCACACACAUGCACAGGCACGCACGCGCACACACACACACACACACACACACACACACACACACACUCGCACUCGCACUUCUCUUUUGUGUUUGAGAGAUUACUUUUACUUUAAGAGCCUGGGUUCCACUUCUAAAACUAAUAAAGAGAAGCAUCAUUCAC